AUGCUGGGGAAUGAAUGGCUGAGCGCCAACAAUGGCCGGCGCCGGUCGAGUGUGAGCAAUGGAACAAGCAACACCAGCAACAAUGUGCACUGCGAACGGUGGUGGAACGCACUGAUCGCGGUGGUGGGGUUCGACGUGGCGGCGCUGCUGUACUGGACGAGCCUCGAGCCACAGGAAUCCUUGGAAGAGCUCCACCGAAACCUGCCUCGCCUGGCUUCGUGCCUGAUGGCUCCUCCUUCCUCUUCCUCUUCUCCUUCCUCUACACCAUCGCCAGAUUCUCUGCUCCUGCACGCCGCUACUCCCCUCUAUCCACAUCACCCACCUCCUCUUUCUCCCCUGAAUGCCGGCGGCCGGGGCCACCGCCGGGGCGCCAUCGGCUGGGGCGUGCUGGUCUACGGGGCUAUCCUGCUCACCUGCCUCCUGCUCGUCGACCAGGGCAACACUCUCGAGCGUCAUGGAGGCUUCAACCAACUCCUGUUCCUCAUCUUCUUCCUCCCCUGCCUCGUCCUCUCCCUCGCGGUUCGCCGACGUGCUUUCGUGUGGUUGUGGGUCGGGCUGGCCUGCUCCAUCCUGCUCUUCGGCCACGUCCGCUUCGAACGCGGCCGCGCGCUGUGGCCCCUCGGUCUCGGCGACUCGCGCAUGGAGAAGGCUACCCUGCCCACCGCUGGCGAACCGGUCAUGGGCUGUCGUAUCCCUCCGCCCGAGAGGAACUGGGAAGACGUGCCGCCGAACGGGUUCAUGAACUUCUGGGCCGGCUCCCAGACCUGUCCCGCACAGGACACGUUCGCGUGGUUGGAUGAAAGCAACGAAGUGCUGACGGUGGACUGUUCGAAGGCGGAAACGGGCCUCCUCUCCCGGCUGAUGUCGUCCGCCGGCCCUGGAUCGGGUCCGUACUCGUUCCGCGGCGCGCCGCAGGGCACCGUGUACCUGCUGCCGCGCAUGGAGGCGCUAAGCUGGCUCGAGAAGGGCAUCGGCGAGAUCGCCCUCCAGCGGUGGAUGCUGGGCAACGUGCUCAACUUCACCUACCCGGGCCACCCGGUCAACCUGCACCACCUCGAACGCCUGCGCGACAGCAGCGACAGCAGCAACAACGGUGCGGCGGCAGAGGCGAUGGCGACUACGUUGGCGGGCAUGGACGCCGGAGAGCUGGACGUCCUGCGCAGCCGACUCGACUUUGCCGCCGAGGCCCUCCUGGUGAGCUGCGGCCGCGAGUCGAACCUCAUCUUCCGGAAUGUGAGGAAUGAAACAGCGGUCGAGCGCGUAUGCAAGCACAGCAGCGAGCAGGCGCAGGCGUCUGACCUCGUUCCAGAAGCCCAGACCUUUCCCAAGAAGUUGAACGUGAUGGUAGUCUAUCUGGACGCCGUGUCGCGCCGCCAAUUGCACCGGAAGAUGCCCGAGACCGUGUCCUUCCUGGAGGAGAUCUAUGCGGGCAAGUGGCACAACAACGUCUCCUCCGUGUUCCAGUUCUUCAACUACCACGCCAUCGGCUCCAUCACCAAGUUGAACAUGCGUGCCAUGUACAUGGGACAUGUCGUCAAAGAUCUGCUGCAGACAUCGUACCGGGCCAUAUGGGAUCACUUCCGAGACAACGGCUAUGUCACAGGUCUCUCCGACAACGAGUGCGAGGACAAGGUGGCGCGGCUGGCCAACACCAACACAACGUGGGAUCACCAGUUCCUUUCGCCGUUCUGUCUACCCGAGUACCUCCCCGUCGGCGAUCCGCACGGCAACUGGGUGGGCCCGUUUGCACUCAAGGCCCGGUGCAUGUACGGAAAGCACGUCCACCAGUGGGUGCUGGACUACUUCGCCAAGUUCUGGCGGAGCUACGCCGACGUGCCCCGCUUCGGCAUCGCCGCGUUCAUCGAGGGCCACGAGGGGACCGGCGAGGUGAUCAACCUGGUCGACACGGAUCUGGCCUCGUUCCUGCGCGACGCCGACCUCAUCGACUACAACUCGACCGUAGUGUUCCUGGUCUCCGACCACGGCCACCACAUGUCGCUCUGGUGGACCCUGCACGCCGAGAGCGCCGUCCGAGAGAACGCGCUCCCGCUGCUGCACAUGAUCGCGCCCAACUGGGUCCUCCGGCAGUACCCGCACCUCGAACGCAACCUGCUGGCCAACCAGCAGAGGCUCGUCACCAGCUUCGACUUCCACGCCACUCUUCGGCACAUCCUGCUGGGCGAGGCGGUCGACCGACCGGAGUGGCAGAACAAGCUGCCGAUCUUCAUGACCGCCAAGAGCCUGUUCGGCGAGAUCGACCCGCACCGCGACUGUCCCUGGGCCGGCAUCCCACCCAACAUGUGCCAGUGCCGCUAG